CCCAUAAUGAGGCUAUAUUAACCUGUUGGGCUGGACCUAUUGCUACAAAUGUGAUACUGAGCAAUAAAUAUCAGUGCGGACAGUUACUAAUAAUCUGUAGAUCAUUAAUGGGGAAGUAGAAAGUAGUACAAAACAAGAAAGAACCAAUACGCUUUGUAUGCUUUAUUUUUGUAGGGGAUAAUGCUGUUGAAACCAACCACGGGCUUUAUCUUGUGUACAUGAAUGCUGGGACCAAUCCAUUUGAAGUCAUUAACCAGGCUGUGAAAUCUGUUGAGCAACACUUGCAAACUUUCCAUCACAGAGAGAAGAAGGAGCUGCCCUCAAUUAUUGAUUGGUUUGGGUGGUGCACAUGGGAUGCCUUUUACACUGAUGUCACAGCAGAGGGCGUCGAGGAUGUCCUCAAAAGCUUAUCCGAGGGUGGUGUUCGUCCAUGUUUCCUGAUCAUUGAUGAUGGUUGGCAACAGAUUGGCAAUGAAGCACCAAAGGACACUAAUUGUGUAGUACAAGAAGGAGCACAGUUUGCCAACAGGCUAACUGGAAUCAAGGAAAACAAGAAGUUCCAAACGAAAGGCCUGAAGCAUGUAGUAGAGGAAGCCAAGAAACAACACAAUGUCAAGUAAGUUUGCAACUUCUGAUCUUUGUAUUUUAUAAAAUGUCUAAAAGUUGCAAAUGCCACUAUACGUUUUUACUUAAUAGCCCAUUUGGCCAUGAGAAUUUUUUCACUUUCCGGAAAAAAUAUUCACUUUAUGCCAAUUUUCACUUGGAGUUGUAUUUGGGAAAGUGAAAAACAAGAAAAAAAUGUUUUCACUUUUUGCCAUCUUCCUUCUCUCACAAUGUCAGAGUAGAAGUCGAUCGAAAAUCGAAAGAAACAAUCUACUCAAACCCUAAUUCGUUU